AUGUUGAAAUAUAUACUUAAUGAUCAAAACUUUGUUUGUUAUGUUUUACCAUAUUUAUGGUUUAUUAAUUCUUUUAUUGUAAUAUUUUGUGAACUAGUUUUGAAUAUUAAAGCUCCUUAUGGACGUUAUAAUACGAACAAUAGUGGAGUUCCAGCUCGUCUAGCUUGGUUUAUUCAAGAACUUCCAUCUUUCAUGAUACCAUGCUAUCUUUUAUAUUAUCAUUGGUCAUCGGUAUCGAUAACUAAAUUUAUAAUAGUCGGCUUAUUUCUAAUACAUUAUUUUCAAAGAGUCUUCAUCUUUCCUAUAUUAAUUCGUGGUGGAAAACAUAGUCCAUAUUUAACUACAAUAUUAGCAUUCAUUUUUUGUUAUUUAAAUUCUUAUGCAAUUGUCGAAGAAAUUUUGGCAUAUCAUAUUUAUCCAAAUGAUUAUUUACUUUCAUUACGUUUUAUAUCUGGUAUGAUGAUUUUCUUUAUUGGUUUUAUUCUUAAUCUUCAAGCGGAUUCAAUUUUAAGAAAUUUACGUAAAGAUAAUAAUCAACGUGAUUAUCAAAUUCCAAGAGGCGGUCUAUUCGAAUAUGUUUCUGGCGCGAAUUUUUUAGCUGAAUCUAUCGAAUGGACAGGUUAUGCUAUUUGUGCAUGGACAUUACCUGCAUUUGCAUUUUCAGUUUUUGUAUGGGUUAAUAUUGGAAUCGGUCGUGCUAUUCAUCAUCACCAAUUUUAUCUUGAAAAAUUCAAAGAUGAAUAUCCAAAAAAUCGAAAAGCUAUUAUACCAUUUAUUUUAUAA